AUGCUCCAGGAUUUCCUGUCACUGUGGCAGCUGGUGGAGGAGUAUGUUCCGCUCCCGGAGCGGCCUGAAGUAAAGAGGAUCCUGGGGGAAGAGGCGGUGGAUCUAAGCCUGGAACUGCGGGCGGAGGUAACAAUGCUGCGGGAACUGCUCCAAGAGGCUAGAUCCUCCCAAGCCUCUGGCUCCUGCCCUACCUCCUACCCUUGCUCCCUGCUGGCACCACCGCCCCUUCUAAAGGACCUCAUGCGCCAGGAACUCAGGCAGCUACUCCAAGGUCUCCGCCACAAGGCCAUCUGCGAGGGCAGGGACCAGGUCCAGGCUUGGGCCCAGUAUAGCCCCAGGGUCGUGCACUUUGCCUUGGAGGAGCCCAGAAGUGAUUUACCAGAGCAGGAGAUACUUGGAAUGAGAGCUGGUGAACCCAGCAGCAGUUACAGGAACCUCAGUGUCAUCAGGGACCAACUGAAUGUAUCUGACAUCGACCAGGUUGCUGGGCACCUGCGGGGCCUCCUGAAGGACGAGUGUCGCACCUUGGAGAGGGAGAUCCCCAUCCUGCAGGGCUGCCUAGAAGAGGAGUACAUGCAGGCUUCCCAGCCCCCUGAGGUAGCCUUGGAGCCUACCCUGGCAGAGCUACAGGAACAGAAGAAGGUCAUGGAACGGGACCUGCAGGCCCCUCUAGGGUCCUCUUCUGUCUCCCCCAGCCACAGUGGAGCUGCUGGAGUUUUGGCUGGGUCUGUCCAGUGCCACCUGCCUACACCUCCUUCAGAGUGCUCCCCCCACCCUCGAGGCCUGGCCGCCACCUGCCGUUGGGGACGGCAGCUCCAAUAUAGCCCCAGGGAAAGGCCAGCUCCCAAUGCAAUGUCCAGUACACUGCCCCAGGCCCCACUUAAAUGGCUAGUCACAAAGUAG